GCCGCAGCGGCCGGAGCGGGACGGGCCCGGCGCGGGAGGGAGCGAAGCAGCGCGGGCAGCGAGCGAGAUGCAGCACCGAAGCUUCCUCCUCCUCGCCCUCCUCACCCUGUUGGCGCUCGCCUCCGCGGUGGCCAAAAAGAAAGACAAAGUGAAGAAGGGCGGCCCGGGGAGUGAGUGCGCCGAGUGGACCUGGGGGCCCUGCACCCCCAGCAGCAAGGACUGCGGCGCGGGUGUCCGCGAGGGGACCUGCGGGGCCCAGACCCAGCGCAUCCGGUGCAGGGUGCCCUGCAGCUGGAAGAAGGAGUUUGGAGCCGACUGCAAGUACAAGUUUGAGAGCUGGGGGUCGUGCGAUGGGGGCACGGGCACCAAAGCCCGCCAAGGCACCCUGAAGAAGGCACGCUACAAUGCCCAGUGCCAGGAGACCAUCCGCGUGACCAAGCCCUGCACCCCCAAGACCAAAGCUAAGGCCAAAGCCAAGAAAGGGAAGGGAAAGGACUAGAGGCCAGGACUGGACGCCAAGGAGCCACUGGCUUUGCUCGGGGCCUGGCCCAGAUCCUCCCACCCGCAGGCCCAAGAUACAACCCACCAGUGCCUUUUGUCUGCUGUUAGCUCUGUCAAUCACGCUCUGCUCCUUCCCUUCCACGCCCCCACCCCCACCCAAGUGCCCAAAGUGGGGAGGGACAGAGAUUCCAGGCAGCUUGAGCCCCCCAAAGGGAUGGAUUCCCGCACCCCUUUUGUUCUUCCCCACGAUGAUGCCAUUACUAAGAAACAAAAAGCCGUGUUUUUUUCCCCCAAUAAAAGCUUUUCUUUUAAUAUAUAAAAGCCCCUUC